AUGAACGGCUACGAACUAGCCCAGCAUGUCAACCAGUAUCUCCAGGACACCGGCCAUCCGACCCGCACUGUUGCGAAGAUCACUCAGAACCCCGAACGGUCCAAGCAUUUGGAGACUGCCACGACGAGCGUUUUGGGCUUGCUUGUGGAUUUUGUUAAUUUACGUAGUGAAACGUAUAAUGGGGAUAGUAGAAUACCGAAUGUGGCAUUUGGUACGCCGCUGGAGGAUGCCUUGAGGCGGGAUAUUACGAUAAACGCCCUGUUUUAUAACAUACAUACGAGGGAGGUGGAGGAUUUCACUGGUAAGGGGCUGGAGGAUCUGAAAGCGGGUGUUAUUAGGACACCAUUGGAUCCAUUUAAGACUUUUACAGAUGACCCUUUGAGAGUCCUGCGGGUGUUGCGCUUUGCCAGUCGGUUCAGUUACGUGAUCGAUAAGGAGACGAGCGAGGCAAUGGGAAGGACGGAGAUUAAGGAGGAUCUGAAUCGGAAGAUCAGCAGGGAGCGUGUUGGCGUUGAGCUGGAGAAAAUGGCCGGGGGACCUCAUCCGCUGCUAUCGAUCCAGCUGAUCCUGCGCUUCGGCCUUUACUUGGACAUCUUCCGCCCGCCGCCCACCACCACUUGGCUCGACCCCGCAACCACCAUUGAUGAGCCCCUGGCGGCGCAUCUCACAGGCCAUGUUCUCGACCUGCUUGAGCGCAACACGGAGAUACUUGAUUGUUUGCCGGGCGAUCCGCGCAUUGAUGCGGAUCCGCAGGCGCAACGCUCCCUGAUGCUUGCAGCUUACCUUUAUCCGUUCCGCCAUGUGCAGGUGACAGACCGUAAGCGUAAUGUGCCUGUGGCGCAGGUUAUUAUUCGCGAUGGGCUCAAGCUCGCUAACUCAGAUAUCGACACCACCCUGGCACUGCACCAAUUGGCUGAUCAAAUUACGCAAAUGGCUGAAUCCUGCAUAAAGGGUGAGCUUUCGCGAUGCCAGUUGGGACUUCAGAUCCGAGUGGCCGGAACGCGGUGGUCUAUGGCGGUGAUAUUCGCGGCCGCCGUGGAAAUGCUCAAAAGUGGCAAUGGGGUGGACGCCCGGUUGGUGGAUAUGUUUGGCGGAUUUGUGCGGAGAGUCAAGGAGGAAAACCUGGGCGAGGCUUAUUCGUUUAAGCAUUUGGUUGAUGGGAAGGCUGUGGCGAAGUUAUUGGGGAUUAAGCCCGGGCCGGGGAUUAAGGAUGUUUUGGAUCGCGUUAUGGAGUGGCAGUUGGCGAAUCCUGAGGGGACUAAGGAGCAGUGCGAGGUGUUUAUUAGGGAGGAGAUUGCGCCUGGAAUACUGACCCAAAAUAAAAAGUAA